AUGGUAUUCUAUUCGCGCCAAGAUAUUCUCCAACGCCUACGGGAAGUUAUCUCUUCUCAUCACCCAAUUGUCGGUGCUGGAGCUGGAAUUGGUCUUUCCGCCAAAUUUGUUGAGGCUGGCGGUGCCGACCUUAUCAUUAUUUACAACUCAGGCCGCUAUCGGAUGGCCGGAUUAGGCUCUCUUGCAGGCCUACUACCCUAUGGCGAUGCGAACGCAAUCGUUGUCGACAUGGCACGGGAAAUUCUUCCUGUCGUCCGACAUACGCCCGUCUUCGCUGGUGUCUGCGGAACCGAUCCGUUCCGAGACAUGCGGCAGUUCCUAAAGCAACUAAAGGAGUUAGGGUUCAGCGGCAUUCAGAACUUUCCAACCGUCGGACUCGUAGAUGGGAACUUCAGGGCCAAUCUAGAGGAGACUGGGAUGGGCUACGAACUCGAGGUCGAGAUGAUACGGAUUGCUUCUGAGAUGGGCCUCGUCACCUCACCCUACGCAUUUAAUGUCGAGGAGGCAGUUAGCAUGGCAAAGGCCGGUGCUGAUAUCAUAGUCGCGCACAUGGGCCUAACAACUAGUAAGGGUAUUGGUGGGAAGACGGGGAAGACUCUAGACGAAAGUGUCAAGUUAACCCAAGAUAUUAGAGACGCAGUGGUGAAGGUAAGGGAAGAUAUAAUCGUCUUAUGCCACGGCGGCCCAAUCGCCGAGGUUAAAGAUGCGGACUAUGUCCUUUCCCGAACGAAGGGAGUGCAUGGAUUUUAUGGCGCGAGCAGCAUGGAACGUAUCCCGGUAGAGAUCGCGAUUACGAAUAACACGAAGAGGUUCAAGGAGAUCCAUAUAGCGGACUGA